AUGGCACAUGUGUUAAAGAGGAAAUUAUCAUCUGUUUUGUGGCUCGUGGCAGUUUUUGUGUUUUAUGAUUCAUUUAUAUUAGUUCAUAGUUGUGGGUACCCUGGUUCACCUACUCAUGCUAGUGUCAAGUUUACUAAAGAGGUUGUUGUCCCUGGAACAGAGGCUAUAUACAAUUGUGACCAAGGGUUCGAGCUAAUAGGGCCUCCACGAAGGGUUUGUAAAGAGAACGGGACCUGGACACCCUCUGGCAUCCCCUUCUGUGUAUUGAACAUAGCAGCAGGAAAAGCUCCCAUGCAAUCUUCUGUAGCAGAUAAAGGAAAUCCACAAAAAGCUGUAGAUGGCAGCACCAGCGCAUUAUUUAAUUCUGACACAUGUACAAUGACGAAAGCAGAAACUGGUAAGGCCGCCUGGUGGUAUGUCAACCUGUUAGAGCCUUUCAUAAUUCAAUUAGUUCGAGUGGAUUUUGGGACAUCGUGUUGCUCAAACAAUGGACAAGCGACUAUAGUGGUUCGUGUUGGAAACAAUCGUCCUGAUUUGAGUGUCAACCCGAUCUGUAGCAAGUUUACUGGCACUUUAACCUUAUCUAUUAAGAGAUGUCCUUACUUCAGAAAUGAGCCACAUGGGAACAUUGCUACGUACAAUGGAAAGUGUUACAUCUUCUACAAUAGCCUUUCCAUGACUUUUCAAGAAGCUAAACAGUUCUGUUCUACUCGCAAAGGGUCCAUUAUAGAUGAAACUAGCCCAUCCCUACAGGGUUUUCUUAGCUGGGAACUAUAUAAACGACAUAAAAAUGACCCAAACAGUCAUUAUUGGCUUGGAGCAGUUCGUGAUCCCACAGAUCGUAAUAACUGGAAGUGGAUCAGUGGAAAAGAUGUAACCAUCUCCUUCUGGAAUUUACAAGAAACAAAUGAAAACUGUUCUCAAUUUGAUGGUGCUAAGGGUUGGCUGUGGUCUGACACAAACUGUAAUCAUAAUUUGAAUGUGAUUUGCCAGUAUAGACCAACUACAUGCCCAAAACCUGCAAGACCUACCAACUCAACAAUAUUGGCAAGAGAUUUUAAAAUAGGAUCAGUUGUAGAAUACACAUGUUUAACUGGCCAUAUUCUUGUAGGACCUAAAAUUAGGACCUGCCUUCCAAAUGGUGUCUUCAGUGAAUAUCCACCAAAAUGUAUCUAUUUGCAGUGUGGACCCCCUGCUAUUAUUCCAAAUGGAGGCUAUGAAUUGGUCAAUGGAACUCGUAAUUAUCUCAGUAGCGUUCAGUACUUCUGUGACGAAGGAUAUGUUUUUGUGGGACGUGCAUUCUUGGUUUGUGAUGUAGAUGAACGCUGGAAUGGCCCCCCUCCUCGCUGUGAACCUGUUAUAUGCAGUAGACCUCCAGGUAUUGACCAUGGAAUCUAUAGAAUGACAGCCAGAACAACCACAUUUGGCACCAUUGUGGAGUACAUUUGUAACCCUGGCUACAGACUCAUUGGCCAACCUCAGCUAAAAUGUGAUUCAAGUGGUUACUGGGAUGGAAAAGUUCCUGUCUGUAGAAAAGAAACACAAGUUUUCUUACCAUUGGCAUCAAAAGCAAGCAUAGAGCAUCCAACUACAUUAAGGAAAACAAGACCAAUGGAUCCAGAAAAUGCUGCUAUUCCACACAGUAAACAACCUCAUCUUCUACCAAGAUCUUCUCUUACAAAUAGGUUUAAAUCUGACUCAGUAUACACUAGACAAGAAGGCCCUAAUGGACACUCCAUAACCAUUUCUACCACACCUUCCUCUUUCUUCAUAAACCAAAUGAUAUCAUUUCAACGUAACUUAAACUCACAAGACCCAAACAAAUAUGCUACAUACACAUCAAGUGAACCAUCCAGUUCAAGUCUUCCAAUUGUGAACUUUAGCUCCAGUGAAGAUGCUAUGCAGGUUAUAUCAAAUGUUCGAACAGAAUCACCAUUCGAUACUGCUGACAAUGUUGAAAAUCAACAUGGGAAGAAACAGAAAGAAUCUCUUGCUAUGUCUGCAAGGCUUAAUAUGGGAGGUAUCAUUGCACUUGGGGUGUUCGGUGGAUUUGUCUUCCUUGCAGCUGUCAUCACCAUUAUUGUCAUAAUUGUCCGAAGCUCUUCCUCCGUGGAUAAAAUUCGAAAACAACAGUUUUGGAAUUCAGCGUCUCCACACCCCUCACAGAAUGUUGGGUAUCUAAGUUUUUAUCAGUAGUAACUCAGAUAUUUGGUGUCCCUGAACUUCUCUUUUUACGCACAUGCCUUGAGCAGUCCUCAGAAAAAGAAAUCUAUGGGAGUCAAGUCUGGAGAUCUUGGGGACCAUGCCUGUCAAUCCAAUGUUCUAGGAAGGUGUCAUUCAUCUAAGUUUGGAUUUCUGAGCUGCAAGUCACUUAUGGUUCCAGACUUUUCAGACACCCCUAUAUCAAUUCAUUAUGCAUUAAAUACAGUUUACUGUUCUGAGUCCUUUCCUAUGAUGUUUUAUUUUGGAAAUGCAUCUUUAAUUUAUAUAAAAAUUAAAACCUUAACUAUUUUAUUUAAAUUCUUUUGUAAAUACUGUAUAAACCACAAGAUGAAUAAACUACAUCUAGAAAAACAAAAUG